AUGAAACGCCUGCAACAGUCCGGGGUCGGCUUCACCAACGCAUAUUCUGUGGGCCUGGAGCCGGUGAUUGCUGACAAUUAUUCAAAAUGCAAGGAGAGACCGGAGACUUUCGACAGCGUUCUCAAGGCUAGAGGGUAUCGUGUCUUUUACUAUGGCAAGUGGCACGCCCCGCUGCGUUGGGCGGUCAACCCGUCGGGUCAGCCGACAUAUGAAAACGGAGUUUGCAUGAACGGUGGCACGCCAUUAAUUAGCGAUGAGCCCCAGCAUCGAUUCCGUGAUGCAACGAACUGCCUUAAAGUCGCCAGUCCAUGCCGAUACCUGCCCUUCAGUAACCUCAAAAACACGCCUACUUUUUGCAAGAGGCUAUCGACGCGAAGCCUGAUGUUAUCCGAAACGCAAAGGAGCCCGAUCGAGUUGGAGGCUCAAUACCGCAACCGAACAUUUGAAAUGCCCGGCCCACACCUUUCAAACAGAGAUUGUCGGUGCAUCAACUUGGACCAUCCACAAAUGGCCAGCGCUCGACGGGUCGAAGGGAAAGGAGUGGGUGCCAUCAAGCCAGCAUCGCUGUUCAACACAAGUGAAGAAUACGUGUACACGCAGGCUGCCGUCGGAGCACUGCGAUCGUUGGCAAGCGAACCAGACCACGCCCCGUUUGCCUUGACGCUGUCACUUCACAGUCCACAUGGACCGCCGGAGACGUUCGAACAAUUCAUUUCGGCCUACCCCCUCUUGCUCGAUUGGAUGUCGGGAUCCGAAAAAGUGGCUGGAGUCACCAUGGAAGAGAUUGGCACCGCAUUAUACCACGCCCAAGUUUCGCAAUCGGAUUUUCUGUUCGGCCUCCUCCUGGAGGCCCUGGGAGAGCUGAAAUUACGGCAGAGUACAUUGGUCCUAUUCUUCAGCGACCAUGGCGCUCGACGGAACAACAACUCGUUCAAUACCAGAAGUGCAUAG